AUGACAACAAUCCCACCAACGUUACCGUCCACGAGUGGCGGUUUCGAUUCAUCAUCGGGUGCAAGUGAAAACGCAACAUCUCCCUUCGUGGAUUCGACUCAUCGGAAGAAUUGGAUAUUUAGCAAGGAUCAAUUAAACGAAAUUAGAAAUAAAUCGUUGGAAAAAGUUAGACAACAAAUAUUGGACCUCCAAGAAAAGUAUUCAGAAAAGCUGAGUGAAAAUGAUUUACUAUCACCGGAAGAGGAAUCGUUGAUUGUAUUAAGAUUUUCGGAAACGUUGUUACACAUUUCUACGAAAUUAAUGUAUCCCUUGCACGUGAAAGCCACCGCUCUAACUUAUUUGAAACGUUUUUAUUUAAAACACUCAAUUAUGGAAUAUGACAUUGUUUUUAUGAUGCUCACCUGUAUAUUUCUCGCUACAAAGACAGAAGAAAAGUUUGUAGCUCUCGCACAGUUUCUUGAGAACGUAAACGCGGUUGUGUCUGAUGCUGGAACCUUAACAUCUCAAUUUAUUUUUAAGAAUGAAUUGAUUCUAUUACAAGGAUUGGAUUUUAACUUGAUGGUCUAUCAUCCAUAUCGUUCGUUGUUUGCUUAUGCUCAUGAUUUACAUGAUAUGUAUGGCAAUGACGCAGAUGUGCUUUAUGAAGGAGCUCAGCAAAAAAUUACAGAGCUCAUCAAAUCAACAGAUACAAUCUUUUUAUACACGCCAUCGGUGAUUGCUCUCGCCAGUCUGUACAUUGUUAGUACUGAUGUUGCAAAGAACUUUAUUUCAAAAAUGUUCCCAACUCAAGAGGCACAAUUAUUGAGACAAGUAGAAGAAAUUAAGACCAUUUACCAUUCAUCAACACCAGAAAAAUCUAAAUUAAAAGCUGCUGACAAGAAGCUGAAAAAGGUUAGAAAAAUUCUCAAGCCUCAACUUGAAGAAUUAGAAGAACGCUAUUUAGCUCAAAUUGCAGAGGAACAACGUGUGAAAAGAGAAGAAAAGUAUCGCAAAAGAGAUCUACAACAGCAGCUUGAACAAAAGAAAUUCUUGUAA